UGCAUCGAUGUUCGAUGCAUAGGUUAUGCACCCAUGACAGCCAGCAAGGGCACUGUACAAGUAAUGCAGGAAUCGUGAAUGCGCUAGCGGAUCGCGUCGCGUUUCCACUUUACGCGUGAGAUAGUUUGACCGCGUCUCGCUCACUGACCUGAAGACCCCUGUCCCAACCUUCUUGUCUUGGCUCUCUGCUAGCACUUCUUCAAAAUCCACUUGCUCCAGUAUUUCGUUGCUACAACAAUCUCCAAACAAUGGUUCCCGGUGCCAACCUUUAAGCUUCAAAAGUUUUCUCCAUUCUACCGUUAUACCACACCAAUAAUUAUCUCUAGUUACUCCGUCAACGAGCUCAUCACGAUACAUCAACAUCAUCAACGACAACAUCAUCAAUCAUGCCCGGCGCGACUUCCUGCAACACGCGCUCCGCCCGUGGGAAGCUUAGCCCAAGUAAACAAGCUCCUCCUCCCGAUAUUAGCGACUUCGCCCGUCUUGCCAAAAAUCAACAGAGCCCCGGCAAAGACAGCACUCCGAAGAAGCGCGCCCAAGCCGAAACUACACGUACUUCCUCGAUCGAGAUUGUUCUCAGUUCAAGAAAGAGAAAAGUCACCGAUGACUCUGAUAUCGAAUCUUCGCCAACCAUCUCCAAGAAACUCCGCCAGAAGAGCGAUGACACGAAGGGCAAUGAGAACAUUGCUCCUUGCGAGACUCUACGCAAGAAGAAGAAGAAGACCGUAAGAUUCGAGGACACCGAGUCUGUCAAGGCCGAGCACGAUACAGAAAGCAACAAGCUGGACCUCAAAACCAUACCAAAAUUCUCUGCGCCAGCCGUCUCCGCAAGUCGAAAGCGGCGGUUGCUCGAGGAAGACGACGAGCCCUUACAAAAGAACAAUUGCGAUGCCACAGAAGCCGAGACACUAUUGGAACGCCUGGCUCUCCAGUCGCCAGCGAAGAGAAGAUCGAAACAUCAUGUUGGCGAAAGCAGUGAGCUCGUCCAGCUGCUUGACCUCCAAGCCGCAUUCCUCAAGACUUACACCAUGCAACUGGCCCAUAACGGCUCCAACUCGCCGGUUGACCUGCGCACACUAUUGCCCAGUGUCACCCGAACCUGGGGCAAGCGCAAGGUGACCAUCGAGGAUAUCCAGCGCUGCAUCGGCGUUCUGAACUGGGUAUCCUCUUCCAAGUCCACGGCCACCACCACAACAAGCAAUUCGCCCUCAAAAGCCCCUUUCUACCUCUCCGACUACGGUCGCGGCAAGAUCUGCAUCGAGCUACACGAAAGCCACUCGGGUCCUCUCCGGGAACACAAGCUCAACAUGGACUUCGAGUCCAACCUCCGGGCGCUCUGGCACUCGCGCCGGCCAGGCCAAGUUGCCUCCCUCUUCCUCAGCACGCUUCCGCAAGCACCGAUCAAAGCCUGCGCCUCGGCCACUAAAGCCGCCUCCCUCUUGAACAAGAACCAGCGUACUCUCGAAGAACUCAAGAACGGCGUCGUCCGCAAGCAACAGUUGCAACAAGAAAAGAAGCAGCAGCCCAUAACUCCUCCUGCUCCUCUCAAACCCGACGGCACCAAACUCUCCCUCCUCGACCGCAUCCGUCUCAAAGAGAACCAGGCCGCCCUCGCUGCUCUGACCGGCCCUUCAGCCGCCGAGCUCCAGCGUCGCGCCGCGCUGCAGCGAGCAGAAGACGUGGCGGCCGUGAUCGGGAUGCUUUGCACGGCCACGGGCGCGCAGGCGCGCAUGGCGUUUACCAUGACGGCGCUGCUGGUCAAGCUCAAGGACUCGCUGCGGACGCCCAUCUCGCAGGAGGACGCGGCGGGGUGCGUGCGGCUGUUGGUGAGCGAGGUGGCGCCACAGUGGUUGAGGAUCGUGACGGUGGGUGGGAGGGAGAACGUUGUUGUGCAGACGGCGUUGCAGCCGAGCAAGAUGGAGGUUGGGCAGAGGGCUAAGGCUUUGUUGGGUUAGGUGCAGCGAAUGCUGAUGAAGCUGGGCGAGUUAGCGUCUCGCUGGAGGAGCUAUGACGAAGAAUGUAGAGAUGAUAUCAUGGGAAAUUUAUGAACUUUCAAGGAGGGAAGGGUGUUAAGAAUUCAAAGCAUGCGUUAGUCUUUGGGAGUUUGGGAGUUUCCGUGGCUGCUGGAUAUACCCUUGUUGUAUCCUUUGGGUUGUAUAGAAAUAGAGCAUUUGGUGCUACUGAGGGACAAAUUGAAAUGCAUUCACAUACACAGCGGCGAAUCAGUUCAACUAGCAAGCAGAGCGUGGGCACCGAUAAGGAGACUGAGACAGCGCAAGGAAGAAACUGGUAAAGUGAGACGAAUUCAAAAAAGGUCUAUUUCAUCCCGUCGUCUAUCGCAGAA